CACUCCCUGAGGUUUGAAGCCUGAAGCCCCCAACUCUCUUCUUCCUCUCUUGAUCCCUUCUCCAAUUCUAAUUCUAGAUCCUUUUUCAACUUUAAAACACACUAUGGUAGCUGGCAACCAAACCAAAACCGCCACCGAAACCCUAAAAUUCCUCUGCAGCUACGGCGGCAAGAUUCUCCUCCGCCACACCGACGGCCAGCUCCGCUACGUCGGCGGCCACACCCGCGUCCUCUCCGUCGAUCCCUCCAUUUCCUUCUCAGAAUUAAUGGUGAAGCUCGCUGAGUUCUGCGGCCACUCCGUCACUCUCAGGUGUCAAUUGCCGGGCGGCGACUUGGAGACGUUGAUUUCGAUCAAGUCCGACGAGGAUUUGGCGAAUCUAAUAGAAGAGUACGAUCGUGUUUCUCCUUCUCGUUCCUAUAAGAUCAGAGCGAUUCUGUCUCCCCCGAAACCGCUGAAACAAGUCUCGCCUGCUCAGUCCACAACAUCGACCAGCGGCGACUGUUCGCCGUCGAAAUCGCUCUACUCCGACUUCGAUUCGCCGCCGAAGCGUUACUAUUCCCCGACGGCGGUCGGAUUUCAGAGAGGGCCGGGAAAAGUGUGCUACUAUCCUUGCCAUGUCCAGCGAACUCCCUGCGAGAUUCCGUAUCAGCAUCACCGUUAUCACCAGCACCCCCAUCAAUUUCACGCUCCUCACUGCAAUUGACCGGCGGCGAUUCGGCGACCGGAACCCUAGCGUUGUUUGAGGAGGCUCUUCUUCACAUUAUAGAUGAUGACGACGAAAAAAAAACAGAAAAUUAAUCCGGAAUUUAAGGAAAACAAAAAUAUGGGAAUUUCAUGUUUGUUGUGAAUUGGAGAGAGGAUUUUACUUCUAUUUUUCUUCCAUUUUAAAAUUUUUUUUCGUUCAUAUUUUCGAGGUGUGUGGUAUAAUGACUAAAAUAUACGGCGGCGCUUUAUUAAGUUGCGCCAGGAAUUGUGGUACGUGACUUUUGUCAGUUUGGUCUCCGGUUACGGCCGUUAAGUCAUUGCUGUCCAGAACGUUCUCUCCAUGCUUGCCACGUGCCGUCUUAAUUGGUGUGUCACUGCUCACUAGCGGACAACAUUUCGAACUACAAGUCGUUUCUCGUUUGACGUGUUACCGUAUCGGUUACGCCCGUUUUAAUUAGCUGUUUUGUUUAUCGUAUUAUUAGUCUUUAAUUAUUUGUGUUAAUGAUUUUUGUGUUUUGCAGGUGGGCUGUUUGCUGGGGGAAUGUGCUGGAGCGCUUGUGCUUUGAACUUUGAAGCAAUGCCAGCUUGGUCUGAAAAUUUGAGAAUACUUAAUGGGAUUGGAAUAAUAUGGCUUUAAAAUAAAGUCAUCAAAUAAUUAUGAAAAAUAAGUGACACGAACUUUCUAAGUGGACCAAGUCGGAAAACAGUUUUGGUUAAGCUGCCUAAUUGCAUAUUGCAAAAUCAUCAAAUGUAAUUCUAUAUCUGUCACGUGUCACGAUUUUAUUGGACUACCAGAGCAAUUCAAUAAUCUGAGUGCUUGACCUUAUUUGUUCUCUCGGGUCGCUAGUAGGCUAGUUACAGUGGGAACGAAUAUAUAUAGUUGCCCCAGUUGGUGGCUAGUUGAUCCUAUCAUCCUCAUAAGAAGGAAU